UUUAAAUUUAAAUUAAAGAAAAAAAAGAACAUUCUUUUCUGCCCAUAUUUGAUCGUAACUGUUGAAUCUGGGUUUUCAGUUUCUUUAAGGGUGUAAUGUAAUGUAUGUGAUGGCAUUUUGUGCAAUCUUCUGCGGUUGAAGUGAUUAGUAGUUGGAAUUCUUUGUAAUUAAUGGAUCUGAGAUUGGGUUUGAAAGUAAAGGGGAUUUCAAGAUUGGAUUUUGGCUUCUUGGAGGGGAAAAAAGAGAUGAAGUGGAUUGAAUUGAUGAGAAUUUGGAACGGAUAGAAUGGAAUUUGGUUCCAACUGUGGAUAAAUCAUACUAAAGAAUUUGAUUCCUCAAAAAGCUUGGUGCUUUUAUGAGUUAUACUUAGGGGAAUCAAAUGUGAGGAUGAGAACUGUGGGUGUGCUUAAAAUGAGAAUAAGAAAGUUGUGAGUUUGAUCAAAUUUUGAGAUAUUUCCCAAGUGUUUGAUGUUUUUGGUUGAAGUUCUAUUAGUGGCAUGAGAAACAAGACUUAAGUAUCUAAAACUUAAAGAACAAAUUGCUCUUAGUUUCUUAUUGAUCCUAAGACUUUUGGAGUUGAUUUUAGUGAGGUUUUCUCUGGGCUCUGAUUUAUCAUUGACAGAACCACUUUGAAAGUUUAAUGUACUUUGAAGGCUUAGGAUGAAUAAGGAGCUUAUUGAUUCCUAGAGAAAGUUAUUUCUUGAACUGAAACUAUGAUUUAUGUACUUUCACCAUUGUUUCUUGACUAUUUGCUCAUUCAAGCCCCUUAAUGACAAUGACUUUCCCCUGAAUAUCAGGAUUCCAUGUGGUUGAACAACCAACAUGUUUUAAAUGAAACGGAUGGAACUAGUUGCAAAAUGAGAUCAUGAGAGUAGUCUAAGAUUGGGAGAGGUAUUAAAGCCAUUAAGAUGAAAAUUUACUAAUUUAGUCUCUCUUAAGUACCUCUCUAAAUAUACAAAUAUUAUUGAAUCUGAUGAAUUUCCUUAGACCUUAUUCAUUAUGAAUUCUCCGCAUAAAAGGAAAAGAGAAAAAUAUUGGAAGGGAAAAGGUCAAAAGGGGGAAUGAUUUCAUGGUAGGAUAUGGUGAUAAUAGAUAUGGCCUUCAUGCAAUUGGAAAUAAAAGAGGGAAUAGGGAAGGUUGCGGUUGUUCCACUUAGUGGUCCUAGUCUCCUAGAAAGGAAAAUGCAGUGUGCCCUGUUGCGUUGGGCAGGGCAACGUGGGCAACUGCGGGUCCUACCUGCUAAAACUAUUGUGUUUUGCUUUAGGUCGAGUGUGUUUUUCUUUUUCAGCCGAAACCAGAAAGAGCAUUGAGAUUAUUAUGAUCCUAACGCACUAAACUCGGUGUCAAACCCACCAUUUUGUGUCCGGCACCCUGCCCUUUUAAUGUCGAGUAGUGUCAAACUAAUGAAGCAAUUCAGUUGCGAAUAAAAUUUACGUGCCUUCCUUCUCAUCUUAAAAUAUGUCAGGGGAGCCAUGGAAGACGAUUCUUCUAGCAGCAGCGAAACUUUGAGAUCUAACUGGACACAUGCCAUGGACGAGUAUUUUAUUGAACUUUUACUGGAUCAAGUACAGAAAGGGAACAGGACCAGUACUUCAUUUAGCAAGCAGGCCUGGCUAGAGAUGAUUGCACUCUUUAGCGAUAAAUAUAAAUGCAAGCAUGAUACGGAUGUUUUGAAAAACCGGUACAAACACUUGAGGAAACAGUAUCAUAACACAAAGAUUCUUGUGCAGAAUGAAUUUAUUUGGGAUGAUAAUAGACAGAUGGUAACCGGUAAUGAUGAGAAAUGGGAUGAUUAUAUCAAGGCCCACCCUGAAAUGGAACCGUAUAGAACAAAAGUUGUGCCUUACUACAAUGAACUGCGCAUUAUAUUUGGGCAUACAGUUGCUGACGGAAGAUACAGCCUUUCAUGCUUUGAUAUUGACUUUGAGAAUGAAGUGAAAAUAUUGGAGGAUAAUAUCCCUACCAAAGACGAUGCUAAAAAGAUCGAUUGGUCCGAGACAAUGGAGCAGCAUUUUAUUCAACUUAUGCUGGAGCAGGUGCAGAAAGGGAAUAAAUUAAACCGUACUUUCAAGAACAAAGCAUGGAUCCACAUGAUUACAGCCUUUAACACAGCAUUCGGGUUUCAGUAUGGUAAAGUAGUGUUGAAAACUCGUUUCAAUCUUCUAAGAAGGCAAUAUUUUGCGGUAAAAUAUCUUCUGAGUCAAGAUGGGUUUACGUGGCAUGAGAGACAUCAGAUGGUAGUGGCCGAAGAUCGCGUCUGGAAGAAAGUCAUUAAGGCACAACAAUAUUUUCGGAGGUACAGAAACAAAUCGCUGUCCUUCUACAAAGACAUGUCCAUCAUAUGCGGGAAUGAAACUCCAACCUUUCAGUAUGGAUACCCCUUUGUAAAAGCUGGUGAAUUUUCUGUCCCGAUUAUCCAGACAACCGGAAAGGAGGCUAAUUUUAGGAAUGUGGAAGAGAUUCUGGAGGACGACGAGAGAGAAGAGAAGAAAUGUCGGUAUGAUACAGAUACUAAAGAAGCCUGUGAGGGGUCAUCUGAAAUGAAUGAAGAGACAGAAAUAGAAAUAGGUAUGGAAGAUGCCAUGCAGGAAAUGGUAGCAGCUGUAACAGCACUAACAAAGAAAGAGAAGAACACUUUGUUGAUAGAAGAUGUGAUUUAUAUACUACAAGCUAUGCCAGACAUGGAUGGUGAUGAUGAUCUAUUGCUUGAUGCAUGUGACUUCCUUGAAGAUGAUAAUAAAGCAAAGGUGUUUCUGGCAUUGGAUCCUGGUUUGAGAAAGAAAUGGUUACUGAGGAAACUGCGCCCACAGUAACAAGUUCUAUUGUAAAGUAAAUCCCUUUCUUUGAUCAUUAUUUUUUGUGAAUAGUAGACAAGUUAUAGUGCUGCAUAUUUUGUUUAUUUGCUUCUUCUUUUUUGUUUUGUUUUUGUUUUUGAUAACAAGGGGAGCCUACAACCUUUUACGGUGAGUAAA